GUACAGAGCAAACCAUAUUCAACAUGUUCUCUCUCUCUCUCUCUCUCUCUCUCUCUCUCUGGUAAGUUGAGAGAGUAUUUGGAGCGAUGGAAAUGGGUUCAAGAGAAGAGCAUGGAACAAUGACUUUCCAAACUACUACGAAAAUGGAUUCAGGAGAGAAGCGUCUCAACGAGCUUGGAUACAAGCAAGAACUCCGAAGAGAGAUGAGUUUUUUCAAGACACUGGCAAUUACAUUCUCAUGCAUGGCAGUGUUCACCGGAACACCUCUGUAUGGACAAAGCCUGUUGUAUGCAGGCCCUGCAACCUUGAUAUGGGGAUGGGUUGUUGUAACAUUCUUCACCUGGUUUGUUGGACUUGCCAUGGCUGAAAUAUGCUCCUCCUUCCCAACAACGGGUUCUCUUUACUUUUGGACUGCUCAUUUGGCUGGACCAAGAUGGGGACCUUUUGCAUCAUGGUGCUGUGCCUGGCUCGAGACCAUCGGACUCAUCUCUGGAAUUAGUGCUCAGGCAUAUUCAGGAGCACAGGCACUGCAGAUGAUAAUCCUUUUGUCCACUGGAACAAAUAAGGGAGGUGGUUACUUUGCUCCUCGGAGCGUAUUUCUGUGUAUUUACAUGGGCUAUAUCCUCAUCUGGGCAGUUCUCAACUCCUUUGCCUUGAAAGUGAUUGCUUACCUCAACAUAAUCUCCAUCUGGUGGCAGGUAGUUGGUGGUUUGGUGGUGAUCAUAAUGCUACCACUGGUGGCAUACCCGGUACAACCAGCUUCCUAUGUGUUCACUCAUUUUGAAACGGCUCCAGAGGACACUGGAAUUUCCAGCAAACCUUAUGCAGUGAUCAUGUCUGUCAUCCUCAGCAAUUACUGUCUCUACGGCUAUGAUGCGGCCGCUCAUUUAACCGAAGAAACCAAAGGCGCUGACCGAACCGGUCCUAUUGCUAUUCUCACUAGCAUUGCCAUCAUCACAGUGUUCGGAUGGGCUUAUAACUUGGCUCUUACUUUCAGCAUCAAGAAUCCAAGCUACUUGUAUGAUGUAAACAAUGAGACAGCGGGGGCGCUUGUACCGGCACAAAUAAUCUACGACGCAUUCUACGGGAGAUUUCACAAUUCCACUGGAGCUGUUGUUUUCCUAUGCAUCAUCUGGGGAUCCUUCUUCUUUUGUGGGCUUUCUGUCACAACCAGUGCUGCCAGAGUUGUUUAUGCUCUAUCUAGGGACAAAGGAAUCCCAUUCUCGCCAAUCUGGCGAAGAAUUCACCCGGAGCAAAAGGUUCCCAUCAACGCAGUGUGGCUAUGCGCGGCCCUCUCCACCAUCCUCGGGCUACCCAUAUUAAAACUCAACGUGGUGUUCACAGCCAUCAUUUCCAUAAGUACGAUUGGAUGGGUCGGUAGCUACGGCGUCCCAAUUUUCGCAAGGCUCAUGAUGGAUCAAGAGAACUUCAAGCCAGGGCCCUUCUACUUGGGCAGCAGAACAAGCAGGGUUAUUUGCUUGGUGGCAUUCUUGUGGAUUUGUUAUACAUGCUCAGCCUUCCUGUUGCCAACUCUCUACCCUAUUACCUGGAGCACCUUUAACUAUGCACCUGUAGCUCUGGGCUUGGUUUUGUCACUGAUUUUGCUUUGGUGGUUUUUAGAUGCAAGGAGAUGGUUCAAGGGACCAGUGCGAGAUAUUGAUAUGAGUAAUGAAAAUAUUUAGGCUGCAUUUGGCCUAAAUUGUACU